AGGAAACCCCCCAAAGUAUGAAUUAAUUCCUUGCGCAUCAGCUUCCUCCCAUAUCCCAUCCCAUUUGCUUCUUCUUCGUUUCUCUCUUUCACUCACCUACUUAGGGUUUCAGACCACUUCCACCCAAUUACACCUUCCGUCCUGAUGGCGGAAGUAAUGAACGCUCCCGUCGAUAACAUCGACGGUCGUCAAGACCUGGGUAACAAUGAUAAGGACGCUACUACCAGCAAAUCCCCAGAAGGCGGCUCUUCACCGCCUCCGCCUCCUCCUCCUCCAGCGCAAAGGAGGGGAAGGGACAGGGAAAGAGAUUCGAGAGAACGGAGGGACGACCGUGAUUUUGAACGCCGCGGUCGAGAGUACUACGAUCGGAAUCGGUCUCCUCUUCCACCUCCACCUAGAGAACGGGACUACAAGCGAGGUCGACCUAGCCCUAGCCCUCCGCCACCGUACCGUGAACGUCGCGGAGGUCACUCGCCUCCCCCUCGGAGGUCCCCUCCUUUUCCGCCUUACAAGAGGACGAGGAGGGAUGAUUUUGACGGAAGGCGUGGAAGCCCUAGAGGUGGAUACGGACCUGGUGAUCGCAGGUUUUACGAUUUCCAAGGUGGGUAUGACCGUGAGAUGGGAGGCAGGCCUGGUUAUCCUGAUGAAAGGCCCCAUGGCCGAUAUGCUGGGCGUCCAGCUGGUGGCUAUCAAGGUUCUCUCAUGAAUCACUGACUCUUAUUUUGGGGAGGACUCCUUUGAGUGUACAUUUUCUUAUAUUAACUCAGAUUUUGUCUACUCUUUAUCUCUCUCUAUCUCUCCGUUAUUUCUUCUUGUUGUUUUGUCUUAAGCUACAUCUUGUUCUUUCUAAGUAAGCUGUUCUAGGUGAGCACAAAUAGAGUACUUAGGCUUUUUAAUUAUAUACAUUUGCUUUAGUAAAGAAUUGGAGGAGCUUUUAUCUGCGGCUUCAGAGGUUGAAGAAUUACCUGUAUGCCGAUUGACCACCUUUCAUCUUCAUUUUGAUUUUAGUGUAUUAGCUUCUGUACAAAAUCUAGUAGUACAUGAAGUUUGUUCUUUGAUGAUGAUUUUUUUUUUUUUUUUGGUUUGAAAGAUUUGUAAUCUCAGCUUUGCUUACUGGUAUGCAUGGAGGACAUAUUCCAACAAUGCUGCAAUUAUGUGCCUUACUAUAGUUGUGCCUCUGUAUUUGUAAUGUUUUUUUUUUUUUUUUUUUUGUAAAUUUAAUCAAUAAGCAAACUUUGAGAUGUCACUCUAGAGUGACAUAAAAUAAUACAUAUGGUUUCCCUAAUGCUAAUUGUUGGUUCUUUCACAAAUUUGACAAAUACAGUGAAUUUGCUACCUAGUCAGUCAAUAUUAGCAAACUUCCCCUAGCAUUUUGGUGUUUAUCUUGGAGGCAUUGGGUGCCUGGCUCAUUGUCCUUGUUCAUGUUGUGCAAUUGAGAAGUUUCUUGGUAACAUUCUGAGGUCUUCAAGGAUCCUAUAUACUGAUAAUAGUAUGGAAAAAGCGCUUAAAUUUCUUUUCAAAGGGAGUCCUGGAGUUGCAUGAGAUUAGACCUUUAAUUUUGCCGCCUAGCAAGGAGAUUUUACAAUAUCAGACUUGUAGACAUUCCAUGUUUUCAUAUUACAAUUUUCUUUAGGUUCUGAAAGAUCUGGGAAGCUUUGUUAUUGAUGCAACCUCCGUUGUUAUUGUCCUGCUGUGUUGUUUUCAUGAUACCAAGUUGCAAUGCAUGUUACAUUGUUUUGUUCCUUGGAUGGAAAGGGGAAUCAGCUUGCACUGCAGAUUCUACAUCUGUUGCCAUUCAUGUCAUCAUUGUUUGGUGACUGGCUGAUCUAUGAUCGACUGCUCUUUCGUCAAUUUGAUUUGGUUGGUUUAUGAUUUUGCUGAGGCUGGCCGUGAAUCCACAAGUUUAGAUGUGUUUGACUUUUAAACUUUGGACUGCUGAUUACCUAUUUACUGAUUCCAAUUUCUUGUCCUGCAGACUGGGAUUCUCGUGGCCUAGGUGAUGGUUUUGGUACAGGGAGCAAUCAAAGGGAAGGACUGAUGUCUUAUAAGCAGUUCAUUCAGGAGCUUGAAGAUGAUAUUCUGCCCUCCGAGGCUGAGCGUAGGUAUCAGGAAUACAGAUCAGAGUACAUAUCUACCCAGAAAAAGGCAUAUUUUGAUGCGCAUAAAGAUGAAGAAUGGCUAAAGGACAAGUAUCAUCCAACAAACUUACUUUCUGUCAUAGAAAGGAGGAAUGAAGCUGCACGCAAGCUGGCAAAAGACUUUCUGCUUGAUCUGCAGAGUGGGGCUUUGGAUUUAGGUCCGGGGGUGAGUUCUUCAUCUGUGAACAAGGCAGGACCGGCCAGUGAUCCCAAUUCUGAUGAAGAAGUGGAUGCCGGUGGAAAACGAAGACGGCAUGGGAGGGGUUCUGCCAAGGAGAAUGAUCUUCUUUCAGCUGCUCCAAAGGCUCAUCCUGUGAGUUCUGAGCCACGGAGGAUUCAAAUUGAUGUUGAACAAGCUCAGGCUCUUGUGAAAAAGCUUGAUUCAGAAAAAGGGAUUGAGGACAAUCUAUUAUGUCGGGCUGAUAAUGAGAGAGUGAACAGAGAUAAAUCUCAUGGUAGUUCCACAGGACCAGUCAUUAUUGUUCGUGGUUUGACUUCAGUCAAGGGUCUGGAGGGGGUUGAAUUGCUUGAUACACUUAUUACGUAUCUAUGGCGCAUUCAUGGUGUGGAUUACUAUGGAAUGCUGGAGACCAAUGAUGCGAAGGGUCUUCGACAUGUUAGAAUGGACAACAAAAAUUCUGACUCAACAAGUAAUGGGGCAGAGUGGGAGAAGAAAUUAGAUGUUCAUUGGCAAGAAAGGCUGAAGGGACAGGAUCCUCUUGAACUAAUGACAGCAAAAGAGAAGAUAGAUGCAGCGGCUGUUGAGGCACUGGAACCUUAUGUCCGCAAAAUUAGGGAUGAGAAGUAUGGAUGGAAGUAUGGCUGUGGAGCUAAGGGCUGUACCAAACUCUUUCAUGCGGCUGAGUUUGUUCAUAAACACCUGAAAUUGAAACAUCCGGAGCUAGUUAUGGAGUUGACGUCGAAAGUGCGUGAAGAUCUCUACUUCGAAAAUUACAUGAACGACGAGAAUGCUCCAGGGAGUACACCUAUCAUGCAACCAGCCUUACCGAAAGAGAAGCCUUUUCGGCGUAGACCAGGAUUAGAAAAUCGACUAAAAGAUGAUAGAGGUCGUAGAGAACGCGAGAAUCGACUUAAUGGUGGAUUUGAUAGAUCUGAGAAUUCCCAACAAGGGGACUUCCAAUCUAAUAAUGAUGGCGUCGUUGGGGCGACUCCUGAUGAAGCAAUGUUUGAUGCAUUUACUGGUCCUGGAAUACCUGUUGCACCGUUCUCUUCAGAAAUACCUCCUCCCCCAGUACUGAUGCCUGUCCCUGGUGCCGGUCCUUUGGGACCUUUUGUCCCUGCUCCUCCUGAGGUUGCGAUGCAGAUGUUGCGGGAACAGGGAGGUCCUUCUCCUUUCGAAGGAAUUAGAAAUGGGAGGGCAGCGCCAGCUCCCAUUAUAGCUAUGCCACAAGGCUUCAGACAAGACCCUCGACGCUUACGAAGUUACCAAGACCUUGAUGCUCCUGAAGAUGAAGUUACUGUGAUAGAUUACCGGAGUUUAUAGGCUUGAAAUUGAAGGAACCAUUACAAAUUUUUUUCCAUUAGGACAGUGGGAACUUCAGGUUCAUUUGCAAAAAGUCCAAUCUCUUAGAAGUUGCAGUCAGAAGUAUCGUGGGACAAUUCUUGGCCAAGUACCCUUUGGUAACAGCUCAAUCUAAUUUGCCAUACACACCCCAAGUUGUUUGCAGUUAUUGUUGCAGGGGGUUUCGAAGUGUUUACAGGAAAAUUGAAAGGCGGAUGCAUUGUAUGCGUAGAUUGUUUCGGGUAUUCAUUAGGUAGAUUGGUAUAAUCUUUUAGUGCUUUGUUGUCUCAGAGUUUGGAUGCUACUUUCAUGCUCUGUUUGUAGUUCCUUUCUUUGGCUCUUUUUUUCUCCCCUGCUCAUGGCAUUGAUGGUUUGAUUUGUGUAUACUAAGUUAAUACGACUUCUGUAACGGAACUUGCAACAUUGUUAAGAUACGGUUACCACAUGUUUUGCCUUCGGGCAUUUGGACCUACCGGCAUUCUCUGUGAUUGGAAUUGAAAGUCGAGAAGUUAAGUUUAACCUGAAUGGAGAGAGCUACAUAGGAAGAUAAAUUCUGUGUGGGUCAGUUUGUAAUUUUGCUUUAGUUGAUUUAUCACGUUAGAAGUUGCACAGGAAAUUGCAUUAGUUUUGCAAAUUGUGUAUUUCAUAUGUUAAUUGCAUUAGUUUUGCAAAUUGUAUUACAGUUCUUCGUUUUCUUUUCUUUCUGUACAUCAAAUCUUCUUCCUCAUGCCUGAUUCCUGUAUAUUUGAUAAUAGGUUUUAAAGUGAUGAGAUGAUUUAUUGUCAGGAAUUAAGAUUAAUUAGAACUCGGUACCGUGUUUCCCAACCGUAAAAUAGGU